AUGAAAUAAUUUGUUAACCCAGUUUUUCAACCUGUCGAUUAUUCUAUGUCAAUAAGUUAUCAUAGAACUGAAUACAUACCCAAAAUUCCUUCAUCUACUAUUGGACAAGAAUAAGCACAUGAUUUUGAAAAAAUAUUUUCAUCAGAGACAGACAUUUCAUCAAGGUUGAAUGAUAGUGUGAUAUAACCAUUUGAUAAUCGUAAUUUUUACAUUGAUUAAUCACCUGCUUAUAGAGGAACAAUAGAGAGUUCAUUCAAUAAUAAUACACUAUCUAUUACAUAGGUAGUUGAGUAGAAAAAAUAUAAUUAAGAAAUCAUCAAAUAUUCUGAAGAGGAUAGUUUAAUUAAUUCAUCAUUUUUUGGUAUUCUUAAUUAGGAUGCUCUCUAAAAACCAUUAUAAUAGAAGGAUUUAAUUUACAAGAAAUUUGAAGAACCAUAUUAAUUUGAUCAUAACACAAAAAAUGCUUAAACAAUUUGUGAUGAGGAAUUGAGAGCUGAAUUAUAAGAUUAAGUCUAAGAUCUUCAUACAAUUAAUAAAUUUAUUACACCUUUUUAAUAUUAUUAAUUUAAUAAACCAAUACAAGAUAGUUCUAAUUAUUAGUAAUUAACAUAUGAGAAUAAAAAUUAAACUAUUGAUUUAUAUUAAUCAUCUGAUCAUAAUAAAUUCUUAUAAUAACCAUCUGAUCAUAAUUAAUUCUUGAAAUAACCAAAUUUAUAAGAUUUACAAAAUAAAGACUAAAUGAAAUAUACUCCCUCAACUUAUAAUAAUACUUACUCUAAACCUAUUGAAACUAAUCUUCUAAUUCAAAAUACUCCUCCAAAAAGUAGAUUUAUAUCUCCAACAUUAUAGAAAUAAUAAUAAUAUUAAUAAUAAUAAUAAUAAUAAUCUCAAUAUUAUCAAAGUCCAUAAAACAAAACAGAAAAAUUAAAAAUUAAUAGUCCUGAUUAAUUUGAAACAAUAAAAAUUACUGAAAUUGUUAAAGUUGAUAAUUUUAAAAAUUAAUCCUAAACUUCACCUUCUCCACCAAUAUUACCAUUAAGACAUUCUAGUUUCAUAAACAAUAAACCAGAUACUUAAUUCAAUAAAAAGAAUUCUGAGGUCUAUUACUCAUAAAUGAUUUAACCAAUUGCUAAUCAAAAAGUUUUAUAAAGAACCAUUGUCAAUAGAGUUUAGGAUAAUAAUUAAUAUGAAUUAGAUUCUUAAUUAUAAUAAUAUUCCAGAAAAAUUCAAUCUCCAAAUAAAAACAACACUUUCUUAAAUUAAUAAUCUCAUAUAUAAAGUAAUCGCACUUCUUAAUAAUAGAUUAUAAUUCCUUAACCUCAAAAAUAAUAAUAUACUAUUUAAUCUCCUAUUAAAUAAACUUAAUCCCCUACUAUAAUUUCAAAACAACAAGAAAGAUUGGAUCAAAAAGAACUAUUUUUAUAAGCAGAAAAAGCAAUUAAAUUUUAAAGAACUUAACCUAAAGCCAUAUUACCUGAAUGGUAAAAUUAAUAAACUAAAUAAGAGUAAAGAAAUAAUUAAACAUUUUCUAAGAAUAAUGGUAAUAAAUAAGAUGAUUUACAAGUAUUAUGUGUUAUAUGUGAAGAUCUCAUUCCUUUCGAGAAUGUAGAUUCCCAUUCUAUUAAAUGUUUGGCUAAAUCUAAACAAUAAGCAAAAACACAAAAUGCACAUAUAUUAAUUCAAAAUUUAAAUCAGAAAUUAGAGUAACUAAAAUAAAACAUUAUAAUUUAAUCUAAGUAAGUAGAAAAUGACUUAGUAAAUACUGAGGAAAUGAUUAAUUGUAUUACAAAAAUAAUCUAAUGUUCCUAUAAUUGUUAAAAACUCAAAUAUUACAAUGAAUUAUUAGAGUAACAAUACCAAAAAUAUUAAUAAAAUUUUGAUCAAAAAAGAUUCAUUAUGAUACUUACUUUAUAAAGGGUUUUAGCAGUUUCAUAGGAGAAAUAACUAAAAUUAUAGUUUGUUGAAGAAAGUUAAAAUGCUUAAUUAGAAGAUGAGAGUUAUAUAUAAAAUGAAUUUAUUAGAUUAAAUAAAUAGGUUGGGAUAGAGAAAGCGUAUUAUAAAUAACAUUAUUUAGUAAUUAAGAAUAGAUCAAAUUUGAAUAGGAGUUGUUUAAGAAAAUUUAAAAGGAUGACCUUGAAAAUAUGAAGUAUUUAAGAGCACAAUACUUGGAAUAGAAUGUAGAUAAUGAAGUUUUAUCUUAAAUAAACUCUGAAUGGGAUGUAAGGAAUCCAGAUAUUAAAACAAAUAGAUUGACAAAUAGUAUUGUGUCAGAUAUCUAAUAUUAAAGAGAUUUCGAUGGAUAUGCUAUUCGUAAAGAGGGAAACAGUCCUACAAUGAUUUAGAAUGAAGUUUAAUAUUUUAAAUAUUAUUUUAGGAUUAAAAAAAAGCCUUUUAUUAGUUAGCAGUUUAGAUAAAAUUAAAUUUACCUCAUAAUCAUCCAGGCAAAAACUUAUUACUUUAGGAUGCUUAUGAGAAGGCUGUGAGUUUAAAAGUAUCUAGAAAUGUGUGGGAGAAAUUUAUAAUAGAAGAAAUUAGAAACAUCUAAUAAUGA